CGGAAAUGUCCAACCUGUGAAGUUGUUUUGUUUCUUCGGGUAAACGUGUCCCGUUAGAGUUUUAAAUUCUGACCUUUUGGAGGCCAGGUGAAGUGUCUCGUCAUCUGUGUAUCAUGGACUCGUCCAUGAGAGGAACGGCCAAACGCAGACACUUGGGGCCAUCAGAGUGUCAUGAUCUGGUCCAAAGCAGCACAGGAAACCAAUCUCUAACACAGCCUUUCAAUGUCAAUCUGAACAAUAGAGAUGCCAACCGUGGACUUUGGCCCAGGACACCCACCAAAAGAAGCAGAAAAGCUGCAGAUAAUAGUGUUGGACAACAGAGGGGCAUCACAGAGUUCUUCUCUGUCACUGGAGUCAUCAGCACCAGCCCUCAAAAAGGAAACAAGACUCCAAUUGAGGAGGAGGCUGAUGAGGAACCCCCUGUACAUCUUGCCCCUAAAGAGGAAAAUGUUGAAGAGAAUGGGGAGGUAGACUUUAUGGAAGGAAUCACUGAGGACAUGUUCAGUGAGGACAUGGAAGCAGCAAUUAGUUCAAUUAAAAAAGAAGAAUUUGUGGAGGUGAAAAGAGAGAUGGAUGAGGAGUACCCUGUUGAAAGUCGACCUGGCACCCACUAUAGGCUGCUGGGAGUGCAGGGUGGGCAGGCAGUUCCCCAGGGUCACCUCCAGGACCUGCCCGAGGAGAUCCUGAGGACUGUGUUCGCAAAUCUGCAAGCGGAUGAUCUGUAUCGACACAUCAGCCUGGUGUGUCAACACUGGAGGGCUAUUGUCAUAGAUCCACAGUUUCUUCCUUGGAAGAAGUUGUACUACAGAUAUGGUAAGCGGGAACAUGAGGCAGUGAAGGAGGUAAAGUCUAUCCUGGAUGAGAAUAACAUAAACAAAAAGCACGACCUGUGUCUUCUCAAUAUGGUGAGGUACAUGUCUCAGUUCAAACACAGUAAGCAUGUGAAUGUGAAGGACGUGCUGGCUUGUGUGAAAGGACAUCGGCUCUACGCCCAGGCUGAGGCCUGCAUCAAACACAGACUGCCAGAUUUGGCGGGCGAGGAGGGAAUGAACCCAUGGUCUGCCAUGUCCCUGAUGUUGAUUAUGGCUGACGGAGUAAAAGAUGUCUUGGAACUGGUUGCUCUGUUGCAGACGUCUGGAUGUCUUCUGACAGCAGGGGGAGUCUCUGAGUACCUGUGGGCAGUGGCAACUUUGCUCUUGGCCAUGAGAAAGAACAUUAUUAACAUAAGCAACAGGUGGCAUUACAACAUCUUCUAUGUGCUCCACUUAAUGGAGAAUGCACCACCUCCUCUGUGCUUACAAGACAGCAGACAGCUUCAUGUCACUCAUGAGCAGCGGCAGAUUCUUAAUCACGACAUCCAGAGACAUCAUGUCGUUAAAAUAAUGGCUUUUGCUGGCACUGGAAAGACAACCACACUAGUUAAGUAUGCUGAGCAAAGACCACACAUGCGUUUCCUCUACCUGGCCUUCAACAAAUCUGUGGCAAUGCAAGCUCAGUGCUCCUUUCCUAGCAAUGUGGAAUGCAGUACCAUCCAUUCAAUGGCCUUCAAAUCUGUUGGACUGAGUUAUAAAAACAUCAAGAAACUGUCCAACAGUUUGCAGCCAUUUGAGGUGGCGUGGAUAUUGCCUAAAGGCCACGGGGGCUUUGUCAACGCUAAAGUGGUGACGCAAACUAUAAACACCUUCUGGGCAUCUGUAGACCAGCGUGUCGGCCCACAGCACGUUCCACGAGAGUACAAGAAUACACAGGGCCUCCCUCAGUACCCAGGCGAACGAGAGCAAAUGAUAUUUGCAGGUAUUGCACAGGAUUUAUGGGACAAAAUGGUAGAGCUGCAGCCCAAAAGAGAGCGGGUAUACAACAUGACCCAUGAUGGUUACCUUAAACUCUGGCAGUUGACGAGACCAGAGCUGGAUCGUUAUGAUGUCAUAUUUAUUGAUGAAGCUCAGGAUUGUACACCAGUCGUCAUGGACAUCAUUCUCUCUCAGAGCUGUGGAAAAAUCCUGGUUGGAGAUCCCCAUCAACAGAUCUACACUUUCAGAGGAGCGGUCAAUGCUCUGCAUGCUGUUCCUCAUACACACAUCUACUAUCUCACACAGAGCUUCAGGUUUGGCUCUGAGAUUGCCUACGUUGGUGCUUCAAUUUUGGACUGUUGUAAAAAAGUAAAGCAGAUAUUGGUUGGUGGAAAUCAGGAUGGCUUUGUGAGAGGAGAGGAUAGUCAAACCCUGGAACGUUUGAAGCUGGGGCAGAAGCUGCUGGAAGGGAGUGUUGCCAUUCUCAGCCGUUGUAACGUCACUGUAUUUAGUGAGGCUGUCCGACUCACAGACAUCAACCCCAGCUGCAAGAUCUACAUUGUGGGAGGUGUUGAAAAGUUUGGACUGGAGAAAAUCAUGGACAUCUGGGUCCUGAUGCAACCAGAGGACAAACGCAGGAAAGACAGCCUCACGAUCAAGGAUUACUUCAUUCGGAGAUUCUGCAAAGACAAGUUGGGUGGAUACAGUGGUCUAAAGGGAUAUGCCACAGCCUCAGAAGACCGCGAGCUGGAGGGCAAGGUAGCUGUGGUAGAAAAAUUCAAUGCACGCAUUCCAGAGCUGGUACAGCGAAUCUACAGUUGUGCCCAGAGUAGCCCUCUGUGUGCAGAUUUUAUCCUUGGUACGGUCCAUAAAUCUAAAGGGCUGGAGUUUGAUGCAGUGGUUGUGACUGAUGACUUCAUGAAAAUUCCAUGUGCUCGACACAACCUGCAGAGAGUGGGCAAUUUCAGCACAGGAAAUGUCCCAGAUGAUGAGUGGAACCUGUUAUAUGUGGCUGUCACACGAGCCAGGAAAGCUCUUUACAUCACCAAUACCAUCAGAAACAUCCUCACAUUUACUGGAGAGUACUUCCUGCGAUCAGAACUGACCAGCACUCUGCUAAAUAAAGACCCAUCUCUCCUCUGCUCCACCGAAGACUGUAACAACAACAUCACAGGGGACGCCAUACUCAGCAUGUGCAGACUUCCCAUCAGAUAUGUGGACAGUGUGGACGAGGGAGGUGUUCUGUGUUUGACCUGUGUGGAAAAGCGCGUUGGCCCUGUCGCCUUCCUUCUCUCCCCUCCCGAGCGGGUCCGAUCCAUGCACUACACAAAUGAACGGUUAGACCUGCCAAUCAACGUUGCCAUGCUGUUAGCACUGCUAUAAGCGUUUUUUCCAUGUGAACGCAAGUGGCAUUAUGCAUACCUUAGGCAUAUGUGAAAUGUACUAUAUCAGGACCAAAAUGUACAUUUAAUUUUAUUUAAGUGUUUACAGUAACUAUUUUAAUUAUUCUUUACAUUUCUAUUGUGUUUUUGCUCUCUCCAUUAUUUUGCUCUCCCAAUUUCUCAAUGCACCUUGCUUUCUUUGGAAUACUUUUAAUAUUGACGUAACUGUUUUAGUUGGAGAAUAAGCAGCUUGCCUUUACGUUUUUCAGCCAGAUUUUGGUUGCUUUAAAAGGGCCUGUGCAAGCCUUCUGUACAGUAUUACAACUGUUGUAAAUGACGCAAAAGAGUUGAGAAGCGCUAAUGUAUAAAAUUGUGUAAUAGUUUGUGCAGUCAAAGUGUCACCGAUUAUAAUAUUAAUGUCAUGUAUGGGAAGUAUAAUAACCAUCCAUCACUGCCUCAAGCAGAGAUAUAUGGGGUUAUUUAGACUAUAGUGUGAGUUUUGCACUUUCAUUUGUAUUGUAAACCAAUUGUUUGAGAAUUUAAAAACAUGUAUAUAUACCGUGUGUGUGUAUUGUUUGUGUGUGUGUGUGUGUGCACGUAUUGUGCAUGUCUGGUGCUCUCUAUACAAAAAAUAGUAUUGUCUGUGAAAAGCUUCAAACUAAACUUACUGUAUAUUAUAACUGGAUUGUAUUGUGUAAACACAACUUUAGAGACAUUAUUGGGCUAAUCUCUAUGACACAAAGUCUCACUCUGUGUAUAUAUAUUUGUGUUUUGGUUGAAAAAUCUUAAUAUAAUGAGUAAUUUUGGUAGUAUGUCUUAGGUGAAAUUAAAGACUUAAAA